UCAUCCGUACCUCCAUCUCCUAAAGGUAAAAGACAAAAGCUAAUCGUGUACCGACGGAAUCAAGUCACCUGCGAGAGUAUUACCUGCAUUCCAACAUCCAAGAUGGCCGUGGUGUGCUAAAGAAUGCGAGCACGAAGUAAAUAACGUAGCAUUGUACCGAGCAUUGAAAUAACUGUUAGAUGCGAUGUAAACUUGUUUUGUGAUCUGUAAAUUGCUAUGAUUUGUCGAAAAAACUCUCCGAAUCCGAAAAAGUGCUUGUCGUGUCGAUAGUUUUAUUGAAAAGCAAUUUUUGAGUCAUCCGGGCCGAAUUUAUGGCUGGAAAUAGUGCGGAAAGUAGUGAUUGUGAAGGUUAAGGUCAUUUUUAAUUAUUAAAAGGAAUCAAAUAUUUUGAUGACUACUGCGUUUUGAUUUUACUGAAGAAAAGUUCAUGAAGAAAUAUUUUUGAAACUGCUUGAAGAGGUUACGCAUGAGUGAACUAGAUGAAAAGUUUUGUUUCCUGAGUGUAAUAUGAGUUACGAAAUAUCAUUUUUCGAAGGAGGAAGAUGUCGCAUAGAGAUUUCACAGAGGUUGAACCCGAAGGAACCUCAGAAUUACCAGCCGCAAGCAAAUCUCUGUUUCUUGAGAAGGUUCGCCAAUCUAAUGCUGCCUGUCAAAAUGGAGACUUCGCAACGGCUGUAGCGCUUUACACAGAUGCUCUACAGCUAGAUCCAACCAAUCACAUAUUGUACUCCAACAGGUCUGCUGCCAGGCUGAAGCAGGGAUUGUUUGCGCAAGCUCUUCAGGAUGCCGUCACAGCCAGAGAUUUGUGUCCAACAUGGCCCAAAGCCUAUUACAGACACCUUUCAGAUGAGUGCAAGAAGCCACGAGCAGAUCCGCCCAAGUGCAAUAAUUGCAAGAGUGUGCAUAAUGCAAACUACCGCGGUUGUCCUGAGUUACCCAGGGUUUGCAGGAGGACCAAAGUAGCUUCAAAUGCCCCCCGAUGUGCACCCACACCUGGAAAGCAUCCUGUCGAAGCAUUUGGCACACGCCCGGGAAUGAGCUACGCAGGAGCGGCCAAGCGCGGUAACACCUACGCCAGGCCGACCGAGGCGCCCAGUAGUCCCCGCCCGUCGAAGGAGCUUCUAGCAGCAGGAUUGUAUCACUCGGCAGUAACUGUCCUUGAAUCUGCUUUGAGAAUAGGAUCGUGUUCUCUGAAACUCCGAGGAUCUGUUUUCAGCGCCCUGAGCUCAGCACAUUGGGCGUUGAAUCAGUUGGAUAAGGCUAUAGGUUACAUGCAGCAAGAUCUGGCAAUAGCAAAAAGUUUAGGGGACACUGCUGGAGAAUGUAGAGCCCAUGGAAACUUGGGAUCCGCUUACUUCAGCCAAGGUUCAUACAAAGAGGCGCUAACCGCUCAUAGGUACCAAUUGGUGUUGGCAAUGAAAUGCAAGGAUACCCAGGCUGCAGCAGCUGCUUUAACAUCCCUUGGUCACGUUUACACAGCCAUCGGGGACUACCCAAACGCCCUUGCCUCACACAAGCAAUGUGUUCAACUAGUGAAACAGAUGAGUGAUAAAUUACAAGAAGCAAGAGAAAUCGGUAAUGUCGGAGCUGUGUACCUAGCGAUGGGUGACUUUGAUUCGGCAGUAGAUUGCCAUACACAACAUCUAAGAAUUGCUAGGAGGUUGGGCAACCAGGUAGAAGAGGCCAGAGCUUAUAGCAAUUUAGGUUCGAGUUAUCACUACAAAAGAAAUUUCACGCAAGCAAUCGUUUACCAUGAAAAAGUUUUACGUUUGGCACAAGCUAUUGGGGAUAAGUCAGUGGAAGCGAGAGCUUACGCAGGACUUGGACACGCUGCAAGAUGUGCAGGAGACUAUAUGCAAUCAAAACAGUGGCAUGAGAGACAGCUAGAUGUUGCGCUGUCGACUAGGGACAAAGUUGGAGAAGGAAGAGCAUGCUCGAACUUGGGAAUUGUCUAUCAAUUACUAGGAGAAUAUGAUGCUGCACUAAAACUCCACCAAGCUCACCUUGCAAUAGCUAGGAACCUUCAGGACCGAGCUGGAAUGGGCAGAGCCUAUGGUAACAUUGGUAAUGCCUACUCUGCUGCUGGGUUCUACGAAUCGGCGAUCAAGUACCACAAGCAAGAACUGACCAUCAGCAAAGAAGUGCAUGAUAGAAGUUCCGAAGCCAGUACUCAUGGCAAUUUAGCUGUAGCUUACCAGGCGUUAGGGGCACAUGACAUGGCGUUAUUACAUUAUAGGGCUCACCUAGGAAUUGCUAGAGAACUGAAAGAUACAGCUGGUGAGGCAUGCGCUUUAUUAAACCUUGCCAACUGCUUGAGCUCGAGAUCAGAAUUUGCUGAGGCUAUACCUUACUACGAGCAAUAUCUGAUGUUGUCACAAGAACUUUCUGAUGUGGAAGGCGAGGCAAAAGCAUGCCACUUCUUAGGUUAUGCACAUUAUUGUAUAGGAAACUACAGGGAAGCAGUACGUUACUAUGACCAAGACUUAGCUCUAGCCAAAGAUCUACAGGAUAAAAUGAAUAUGGGAAGAGCAUACUGUAAUUUAGGUUUAGCUCAUUUGGCUCUGGGUCAGCUAGAUACAUCUCUGGAAUGUCAAAAAUAUUUCUUGGCUAUCGCCCACAUGACAAACAACACACCUGGUAAAUUCCGAGCCAUGGGUAAUAUAGGUGAUGUCCUGAUAAAAAUGGAAGAGAUUGAAGAAGCUGUUAAAAUGUAUCAUAGACAAUUAGCAUUAGCAAGGAGUAACAGAGAUAGGGGAAUGGAGGCCGCUGCUUGUGGUGCUCUAGGCAUUGCACAUAGACUGCUAAAAAAAUUCGAUAAAGCUCUAGGAUACCACACUCAGGAAUUGACACUACGUCAAGAAAUGUCGGAGCUGUCGGGUGAAUGUAGAGCACAUGGACAUUUAGGAGCUGUUCAUAUGGCAUUGGGCAAUUACACUCAUGCAGUUAAAUGUUAUCAGGAACAAUUAGAAAGAGCUCAAGAACUGCAAGAUUGCGCUGUGGAGGCGCAGUCGUAUGGCAAUCUUGGAAUAGCGAGGCUCAAUAUGGCACACUAUGAAGAUGCUAUUGGUUAUUUCGAACAGCAACUUGCAACCCUUGAGAGGUUAAACUCCUCUGUGGCAAUGCUUGAUAAAGGUCGAGCUUUUGGAAGCCUGGGUGACUGCUACGAAGCUUUGGGUGAUCCAGAAGAAGCUGUCAAGUGCCAUGAACAGUACUUAACUAUAGCAAUGAAGAUGAGGAGCCCGAGAGAUCAAGAAAGAGCUUAUAGAGGACUAGGUCAGUCUCAUAAAUCGCUUGGGAAUCUUCAACAAGCUUUGGUUUGCCUUGAGAAGAGAUUGGUAGUUUCUCAUGAGUUGGGACAUCCAGAAGCCAAAGCUGCUGCAUACGGGGAGCUGGGGCAACUACAUGCUAAUCUUGGCAACUUAGAACAAGCUGUUUCCUGUCUUGAUCACCAAAGAAACAUCGCCAGAGAACUGAAUGACCGUGUGAUGGAGUCAGACGCCAUAUGUGGCUUGGGAACAGUGUGUCACCAAAUGGGGGAGUUCACAACAGCUCUGGAGUACCAUCAAAAUGAUUUGGAAAUAACGGAACAACUAGGUAUGGCAGGUUUGCAAAGCCGAGCCUGUGGGAAUUUAGGUAUUGUUUAUGAAUCUCUUGGAAAACUUGAUCAGGCUGUUAGAUAUCAAGAACAACAUUUAUCGAUAGCUGCAAGUACGAAUGACCAACUGGCAAAAACAAUGGCUUAUAGUGCUUUGGGCAGAGUACACCAACUCCUUGGAAAUCGGAGUCAAGCUAUCACAUAUCUGACACAAGGACUUUGUAUCGCUGAAGCGUUAGGUCGUCGAGACGAAGAGGCUAAAAUAAGGAACAGACUGGGGUUAGCUCUUUGGGCUAGCGGAGAUCUGGAAGGUGCGAGGAACCAAUUGGAAGCCGCGACCCACCUUCUGGAAAGCAUCAGAAGAGAAACAAGAAAUACUCAGGACUACAAAUUGACUCUAUUCGAUUUGCAAUCUUCCAGUUAUCAAGUGUUGCAGAGGGUGCUAGUUUUCCGUAUCGACUUUGGCAAAGAUGUGAUCCACGUUAUUCAACCAAAAUAUGUGCAAUUUCCAGCUAAAUUCAGCCAUGGUACAGCUGAACGUAGAAUGUUGCCGAUUGUUUCAUGCUGGGCUUGUACAGUUAAUAAAAUGCAGGGUAGUACGGUUGAUCACGCUGUUGUAUACUUGAGUUCAAAGUUUUUCGCUGCCGGCCAAGCGCAAAGAGCAUCUGUAUUAUAUUACAGCAUCGCAGCAGGAUUCCUGUACGCAUGGCUGAUUCUACCUACAAAGGGCAUAGUGAAAUUCCAUUCUGUAUCAUUGGUGGAAUGUUCCGAAAACGACAAUGCAGAAAACAGCGACCACAUAAUGUCUGGAUCAGGCAUACUAGAAAAAAUGGUCACUUCAGUUAGGGAUAGUCUUGGUUUGGAAUUGUCUCCUUGUACCACCAUAGCCGAGGAUCAAUAUUCAGAAGAUACCCUUUCAGACAGGACGGGUUUUUCAAGGAUGAUCAAUCGACACCAUCUGAUGAAUUCUAGCAACUAUUCGCUGAGUUCCCUAUUUUCAUUGGGGAGUGUUGGUGGAUCCGUAGCUUCACUGCAAGGAAGUACCAGAUCUAGUGCUAGUGCACAAGGUUCAACAAGGAUUGGAAGACGACAAACAUGGAAAGGGCCGAGUUGUUUACAUUCCUUGUAUACACUCCUUAUCCAGCCCUUCGAAGAACAUCUACCAAAUAAAACAUCCUCAUUUAAAGAAGGACCAAGGGAACUAAUUUUAGUAUUGGAAAGCGACCUUUUCCUAGUACCUUUUCCUGUUCUGAGGUCAGCCAGUGAAAACUCCGAAUAUCUCAGUGAAAGAUUUUCUCUAUUCGUUGUUCCUAACUUGAGUACCCUAAAAUCCGGAAGAACCCGAAAACAGGAUCAGGAUCAAGCAGUUAGGAGUCUCAUCGUUGGGAAUCCAAAGUUACCCAGUGCUGUGACAGAACACUGGGGAUGGAAAGACAUACCUCAUGCCGAACAGGAAGCCACUAUGGUUGCAGAGCUCCUGCAAACUCAAGUCCUGGUCGGUAGUUCAGCAACCAAAGAACAGGUUUUGAACCAAAUCCAAGAGGCGGAAUGUGUUCAUUUUGCAACGCAUGUCUCUUGGAAGCUAUCUUCUUUAGUACUAAGUCCUGCAGAGGUAUUAGAUCAAAGUCAGUCCAAAAGGUUAUACAUAACAGAUACUGCCGAAGAAGAGGAGAGUAACGAAGUUUCAAUUUCUGCUGAGGUACCGCCUUUGUCUGAAUUUUUGUUGAGUGCUGCAGACAUUUUGUCUCUUAGACUCACCGCUCGAUUGGUAGUGGUGAGUUCAUCACACACAAGAGAUCAACAAGGUUGGGCAACUUCUGACGGUUUGGUGGCACUUGUGAGAUCUCUCUUAUCAGCCGGAGCUCAAGCAGUUCUCAUUUCCUUGUGGCCCGUACCAGACACUGCGACCAAAAUUCUACUCAGGGCAUUUUAUUCGUCAUUGUUGCAGGGUACCAGAGCUGCCAGGGCUUUAUCAGAGGCCAUGCAAACCGUUCAACAUACCAAACACUUUGCCCAUCCUGCAAAUUGGGCAGGAUUUGUCCUCGUCGGUUUGAAUGUCCGUCUUUCCAACAAGGUGGCGCUAGUGGGACAAGCUCUUUGUGAACUUCUACAGGUCCCUGAAAAAUGCAGAGAUGCUCUUCGGGUUACCCUCCAUCUGGUUGAGAAGAGUUUGCAGAGAAUUCACCGAGGCCAGAAAAAUGCUAUGUAUACCACUCAGAAGUCCAUUGAAAAUAAGGUUGGACCAGUGACUGGGUGGAAGGAGCUUCUAAUGGCUGUAGGCUUCAGAUUCGAACCGGCUUCAAAUGGUAUACCUAGCAGUGUGUUCUUCCCUCAAUCUGAUCCAGACGAACGACUGACUCAAUGUUCUGCUAGCCUCCAAGCUCUGCUGGGGUUGAGCAGUACCUCAAUAUACGCCUUAUCCAAACUAACAUCAAACUCCGACGUCGCUGAUGAUAUUAUUGCGGUCAUUCAAACUGCUUUAACGCAAUUCUCGUCGAAGGGUUUGGAUAAUGACAAUGUCGAUGUACCACUGAAUGUCAGAUUGUGGAGGGUGCCAGGCUGUCACGAACUUCUAGCAUCCUUAGGGUUCGAUUUGAUCGACGUUGGUCAAGACAAAGUUACUUUGAGAACGGGAAAACAAGCGAACAGAAGAAAUAUCCAGUUCACUUUACAAGCGUUGCUUGCUUUAUUCGAUACCCACGAAGCUCCAAAAAGCCUGACAAUCGAUUCAUCGAGCAGUCUAGAAUCCCUGGCAUCUGUAGAUAACGAUUUCUCCCAUUCUGAUAACGAACUCAACAUGUGUCCCACUCCCAAACCUGUACUGCGCAUCCCUCCACCAUUUUCCAGGACAGUAUUACCAACCACGAAGUUUGGGGGAGCGUUUACCUCGUAUGUUAGGCGGAGAGGUGAACCAGAUGGUCGAACGUCAAACCCACCUGAUGGAAAAUUAACCUUGGAUAGCAAGCUCAGGAGGAGCGCCACUUUAGCAAGACCCGGUGGUGGAGAGUCUGACGCGGCAUUCACACCCAGUCCACCUGUGGUCCUACAGCAAGCCUCUACAAAAUCUUAUCGCGAUGUAGCGAUGUUUGUACUAACCGAAGUCAAACUGAAUGAAUGA